AGUUGAAAGCUUUGUUUCACUAUUUUAAGAUUUUACAUAAUUCCAAUUGUUUUCCAUGUAGACUAGUAAUUUUGAGUAAUUAUGUACAUAUUUUAUUUAUAAAUAUAAUGGAUGAAAAAAGCAAACAAAAUCUGGGAUACUCAACUAAAUCGGCUCUUAUAAAAUUACGCGAUGACAUUCGAACCGUUAUUGAAGAACAUAAACAGAAAAAUCGCAUGGGAUUUGGAAUUGUGCGUAACAUUAUAUCAUUUUCAUCUGAAAAAGUUUUGUUAUCAGGAAUCGCAUAUACUGUCACAAUAAUUAAUAUAAUUUGCCUAAUAUUGACAUAUCUAUUUGGUGAAACAUUAUUGGCCCAAGGGUACUUGUUAUGGGAAGCAUUAUUUUUAUUUAUUUUACUUGCUAUUAAUUUCUUAAUAGCUUUUAAUGAAGAAUACAUAUACAACAACGAAAUACCUCAUCGAGUUAAGAAAGUAUUAGAAACUCUUGAUGAAACAAUUGAAAAGUGCCUAUGGAGGGAAAAUCAUUACCCACACUUAUGUGCUCCAUUUUCUCCAUGUGUAAUACUACAGUGGACUUAUAGAGAUGGUGUUAUUGUAAAUCUACCCUGGGCUCUACUGGUUGAAGGUGAUGUAGUUGUUCUCAGACCAGGACAGGAAGCUCCAGGGCACUGCAGAGGCCUAGAACCUGAUGAUCCAGAACUAUUUUUUGGACAAAUUUUUUUAUCAGGAUCACAGGCAAAAGAUCAUUUCAGUAUGCCUAGAGUGCGUGCACCACAUCUCAACAAAGCAUACAAGAUGUGUGAAACACCCUUUUUGAAAAAUCUGAAACUGGCCUUGGAACAAGCUUCCACUAGGCCGGUAACCGUUUUUGAAAAACAGAGGUAUUUGUGCACAGUAAAAAUAUUAGAAGGCAUAGUAUUACCACUCGUAAUAUUGUUAAUGGUGGUGACUAGUUUGAUACGCUACUUAUACCACUUGCCGGGAGUGACGCACUGGACCGAAGUGUACUUUCUGCAGAUAAUUGCCGCUUCACUGCCAUUAUUACAAAUUGUUUUCCCUAUUGCUUGGGUCACACUCAACUGCUAUGGAUUGGCUAGAUUUAAACUAUUAUCAGAAACAGGACAGAAGUAUACUCGUCCAAAAUCCUGCUCUAUAUCAGAAGAUGCCAGUGAUCCGUUAAUAAAAGCACUCAGUGAGUCUAAUCUCAAACCGCAGGCAUUGAGAACUUUAGGAAAGACUUUCUGGAACAUUCUUAUUGGAAGAGAAGAUAUGGUGACUAGAACUGCUAAUAUUGUUCAUGUUUUGGGUUCAUUAUCGGCUCUGUGUUGUGUGGAUAAGAAAGGUAUACUUUCAUGGCCUAAUCCAACAGCAGAAAAAGUAUUCUUCCUAAGGAAUUCGAGUCCCUUGUCCCACAACUCGAGUAAGACGAGCCUCAACGGGUCCAUGGGGCACCAAAGCCAGACGAAUUUAGAUCAAGAUGGUGAUAUUAAACAGAAUCCUGAACCAUCCACAAUUGUCGAAGUGCUGGACCUGACGCACGACCAGAACGCGCCGUUCCGCGUGGAGUUCGACGAGCAGCGCUGGCGCACUCACCUGGCGCGCCUCAAGCCGCUGGGCCUGGCCGCGCUGCUCAACACGUGCGCGCGCGCGCCGCGACACACCUACGCGCACUUCUGCGCGCACCUCACCUGCGAGGCGCACCACAGUGAGGACCUAGUCCCCGUGACAAACAGACGCUGUCUGUGCGAGUUAGCCAAGCAGAUCGGUUUUACGGACGCGGUCGCCGAGUCUUAUAACGUACAGGAAUGCUUAGCUGUUUUUCGACACCUUCAAGCGGAUACAAUUCGGCGAGAGACACGGUUCGUUCGGUCGCUACACCUGAGUACGCGUGUGAAGGUUCCUCUGCCGCAUAUGUUGGCCGUCAUCGUGAAGGAUCAAUCAAACCAACUACAGAUGCUCACACAAGGAACUGCUGACAUAAUCCUGGACUCGUGCGUGGACUACUGGAACGGCCGCGACCUGACACCGAUCUCGCCGUCCGACCGCAAGAAGAUCAUCGACUUCUACCAACGGAACUCGCUAACGGCGUACUGCACGGCCUUCGCGUACAAGCCGCUGACGCGCGGCGUGUCGGGCGCGCUGGCGCAGCAGUACCUGGAGCUGCCGGCCGACAGCCGCGCGCUGUACGCGCACGCGGCGCAGCGCGCGCACGCGGCGCACUGGGCCGACGCCGCCGCGCUGCACUUCCACUCCACCGAUUCGUUGCUAUUUAACGAGGUCACGGACGAUGACGUCAACGACGCCGAUGGUUAUUUCGACAUGCAAUGUAAUCAGGUGUUUAUAGGUAUGGUGACGAUGCAGUACCAGGCUCAGAGCGACAUGGUGGAGCUCAUCGAGCGGCUGGAGCGCGCCUGCAUCCGCUUCGUGCACUUCAGCAAGGAGAACGAGCUGCGGUCGCGCGUCUUCAGCGAGAAGAUGGGCCUCGAGUCCGGCUGGAACUGUCACAUAUCGCUCAUGAGCGAUCACCACCACAGCAAGCCGGUUUCGCCGCUGUCAUCUCAGACUCUGCGAGGCCGCCAUAACACCGCCUCGCAACUUACUAGGCCCGAUACGGGCGACGCCUUUACUUUUAGCGGCACCAUAUCAUCGUCCAAGGCGCUAUCGAUGUCUGCCCCGGGAGCGAUUAACGUUGAGCACAAUACUGUUAAGUUCGAUAACGAGGUCAAGAAAACGAGGCAUUCGAUCACUGCACACAGUGGACUAAAGCAGUUGCAGCGCGACAGUAUAACGACGAGCCAAGCUUCGACAGACUCGCUACUAGACGGAGCGGCCCCGGAACCCGGGGAAUCCCCGCCUGACGCAUGCCGUUCGCUAUCCUGCCUCACGGACUCCACCGAUCACUCCGCGCCGCUUAACUUCGACAUGAGUAACCGGGCAAAACUGCCGCGAGGUAUUGAAAACAUUCGGCCUCAUAUAGAGCAAGUGGACAACGUACCACUGCUGGUGUCGCUGUUCACAGACUGCACAGCCAAUUCCGUUCAGCGAAUGAUUCAAAUUAUGCAGGAUUACGGCGAGGUGGUGUGCGUAAUGGGGUCGACUGCUAACUGCCAAAAUAUGGAGAUUUUUAUGCAAGCUGAUGCGAGCAUUGCAGUCGAGCCGUUAUAUCCGGUUCUUUGUCAAAAGAUGCCGCCGUAUCAAGUGCCGCGAGAUUGCAUUGGGCCGAUUGAUUUGGCGAGGUCUUUGAACUCUGUACCAUGCUCCCUAUCGAUGUCUCGCGACGCGGACGUAUCGCUGUUCGCACUCAUCACAAUGUCGCGACACUUCACCAUGUGUCUUUGGAACAGCACGCAGUUCUGGAUCUGCAGCUCAUGCUUCCUAUCGUUGUUACAGCUGAGCUCGGUGAUGGUGUUCGGCGCGGGCGCGCUGAGCGCGGGCGGCGCGGCGGGCUGCGCGCUGGCGGGCGCGCUGCUGGCGGCCGCGCUCAGCUUCGCGCCGCCGCGCGCCGCGCUCGUGCUGCGCGCCGCCACGCGCCCCGCGCUCGCCUUCAACGCGCGGAUGGCGCUGUUUGUUUUCUGGUGUUACGCGUGCAAAUUUUUACCAUCAGCUAUUUCUAUCCUAGUAUUAUAUGGAUUUACAUUACGAAGCUUCUGCGAGCAGAUAGCAUCUUUUACGAAUGCCACCUCCUGUUGGCUUAUAUAUCCUGUCAAUAUCGGGAACUACUCGAGCAGCCAAGACUUGUCGUUAAAGAGCUGGCACGGGUGGGGUGAUGAUUUCUACGACGGGUUUUAUUUAGCGCAGCAUAUAACAUUGGCGUUGAUAACUUUGCAUUUAAUUGUGAUAUCAUUGUCUUUUAUACAACGACAUUCUUCCAUCUGGCAGGGAAGAUUCUGGACAAAUAGGGUGUGGUGUGUGACUGUAGUAUUUUUAAUACUAGUCCAAAGCAUGUUCAGCGCCACCAUGCUGAGCGGCUCGUACGGCGCGUGCGCGGCGUGGGCGGCGUGCGCGCUGCGGUUCGGCGUGCGCGCGCCGCUGCUCGCCGCCUACGCCGCGUCGCUGCUGCUCGUGUUCGCGCUCAACGAGCUCAUCAAGUGGCAGGAGCUCAAAGUUGACGCGCGAAAUCAAAGACGGGCUCGGUUAGACUUUGGAACCAAGUUGGGGAUGAACUCGCCGUUUUAGUCAUCAUCUUAUCUAGUCAAUUACAGUGUAGUAAAUUUAAUAAUAACGAUGCCAAUGCAAUGGUUGAAGUUUAGUUUUAAGAGAAAUGUUGUACUUUUUAUGUACCUACCCACUAUUUUGUACUUAAUUUAUUCAAUGUAUCUGUUA